ACAGAGGUGACCAGUAAAGUUCUCUCUGAGCAGCCAAAAAGCAGACAGCUCAUGACUUCUGAUCAGGACACUAAAGUUGUUGAACCGCAGGUGCAGCAAGUACAAGAAGUUAAAGACGGUUCUCAUCUAGAGUCAACCAAAGUUUCUGAGUUAAAUCCUAAUGCAAAGGUGUGGGGAAAUCAUAUGUUACACUUGGAAGCAAGUGGUGCCACUGAUCAAAACGUGAGCAAAACGUGGGAAGAAAUACCUGACCAACCUCCAGAUUCUUGUAAAGAAGGACUGGAUGCCAAUGGUGAUGGCGACAAAAAGCAUCAGAAUGCAGUGCUGACAGAGCUGCAGGAGCCGUCACCAGCUGUUUCGGUGUCAGACCAGACAGAUAUGAACCCUUUGGCUCUCGAUCAUUCGGAGUAUGAGUCUAUGCAUGAAACCACCCAGACAGGUGGAAAUGAACAGUUGCAGCCAGAAGGUCAGGAAGAUUUACGAGAAUUACUGAAAAAAACACUGGAAUUCUGCUUAUCUAGAGAAAAUCUUGCCAGUGACAUGUACCUUAUAUCACAGAUGGACAGUGAUCAGUAUGUGCCAAUAAUGACAGUAGCAAACCUUGAUCAUGUCAAGAAACUCAGUACUGAUAUGGAUUUGAUUGUUGAAGUGCUGAGAUCGUUGCCUUUAGUCCAAGUGGAUGAGAAGGGGGAAAAAGUUAGGCCAAAUCAGAAUCGCUGUAUUGUGAUUUUACGUGAAGUACCUGAAUCUACCCCCAUUGAAGAGGUUGAAGCACUUUUCAAAGGAGAUAAUCUGCCUAAGUUUAUCAACUGUGAGUUUGCCUAUAAUGACAAUUGGUUCAUCACGUUUGAAUCAGAAGCCGAUGCGCAGCAGGCUUACAGAUACCUUAGAGAAGAAGUGAAAACUUUCCAAGGAAAACCGAUUAAGGCAAGGAUAAAAGCAAAGGCAAUAGCUAUAAACACAUUUUUGCCAAAGAAUGGAUAUAGACCUCUGGAUAUGAACCUCUACACGCAGCAGCGUUACACAACAUCCUUUUACUUACCUCCAGUAUACAGUCCCCAUCAGCAGUUUCCAUUGUACAGCUUAAUUGGCCCACAGACCUGGUCAGCCACGCACAGCUACCUUGACCCUUCAUUGGUAACACCAUUUCCAAAUACUGGAUUUAUCAAUGGGUUCACAUCUCCAACCUUUAAGCCUGCUGCUUCUCCAUUGACUACGCUCAGACAAUAUCCUCCCAGGAACAGGAAUCCUAGCAAGUCUCAUAUACGACAUACAAUACCCAGUGCAGAAAGGGGACCUGGGCUUCUAGACAGUCCUACAAUAUUCAACUUUUCUGCUGAUCGUUUAAUCAAUGGCGUCAGGAGUCCACAGACGCGGCAGCCGGGACAAAACAGGACACGGAUGCAGAAUGCUACUACGAGUUAUACCAAGAGGGAAGUAGGAACUGGACGGAUGGAACAGACCAGCGUCGACUCGCCUCCCGGAUUAGGUAGAGGAAGGAAAAACUCAUAUGGCUACCGGAAGAAAAGGGAGGACAAAUUUACAAGAGGCCAAACACAGUCUCCACCACCCCCAAAACCUCCAUCUCCUAGCUUUGAAUUGGGUUUAUCUAGCUUUCCUCCAUUACCUGGGGCUGCUGGCAAUUUAAAGACCGAAGACCUUUUUGAAAACAGACUGUCCAGUGUGGUAAUAGGAACGUCAAAAGAAAGAAACAUUAAUGUUGAUGCAAGUACAAACACUAUUCCAUCGGGAAUUCCUCGAGAGCCGUUGUUGCCAGUUUCUUCUACAUUGCCCAGGACAUUUGAAAGGUCUCCUUCGCCAUCCCAGUCUUCUGAGGACUCCAAGGUUGUGGAUAAACAGCAGAGAGAGACACAGAGUACAGAAAGGCUUUCUUCUUCCACACUCAGUACUGCAUGUAAAUCGGUACAAGUCAAUGGGGCUGCCAUAGAACUGCGAAAACCUAGUUAUGCAGAAAUUUGCCAGAGAACAACUAAGGAUCCUCCUACAUUGCAACCCCAGAAAGAACAGAAGCCAAACACUGUAGCAUGUGGGAAAGAAGAAAGAAAGCCCACAGAAACAAUAGAAAAAAACAGAGAACCUCCUCCUGCAAAGUCACAUCCUGGACAACCCAAAGACCAGAGGAGACAGUCAGGACGCAGAUCGUCCCCUCCAGCCGUUGGCAAACGCUUAAAUAAAGAACAGAAUACCCCUCCAAAAUCUCCUCAGUGAAACAUAACACCUGGGAGGGAUUCGAAAAGAGGGAAAUGGAACGAAAGUCUUAUUUGAAAGCCCUCAAAUAUUUUCCUAAGUCCCUCUAAAAACAAGCGAUUUAACCAAUUCAAAAGUGUUCUGCAGUGUAAAUAGUGAAUUUCAGCAGUCGAACUGUAAUUUUAAGUCAUUAAUAAAAUCAAAUUUAAUUGGAAAAAGACUUCAGACUGCUACAAAAAUAUACACUGAAGCUUACUUGUCUGCUUUCAAGAAUAUCAGUGCUUUCGUUAGUGUACGAUUCAUAGAACCGUAAAGUAACUAUAGAAGUUGACUCCUGACAAAUUUCCUGUUAAAAGCAUCAAUUGGUAACUAGUUGACCUUUUAAAUCCAGCCUGUUGUAUGCUGCAGAAUUGGUCAAAAUAGGGCAUGCUGGAAUCUGUUGAUUUUUCUUGUUUAAAAAGCGCACUUGUGAAUGCUGUGGGAGGAGAUAGGACUCUAACAACAUCACUAAAACUGCUCGACUAGUUCUGUCAUUGGAUUUUUAAUAUGCUUCUCCUUUCCCCAGUGGCAGUGAAAAUGGUAGCUAGAGUUGUGUAUGGUUUAGGCCAGCUGUAUGAUUCGUUUUGUUUGUCUGCUGCAAGUGAAAGGCUUACCAGCUGCAAACAACCACAAGUGGUUCCUUACAACGACUGUGUACA